AUGUUUGCGUAUCACCAAGGCGAUGUAUCAGAGAGCCAGAGCAUGGCUGAAAUAUCAGUGGCUAUCAGAGAACGAAUUCUACGUCCUGAGAGUUCUGACUCGCUCACAAGUUCUGCAGCGCUUGGGCUUGCAUAUGUUCUCAAAGGAGAAGGGAAACGCGCAGUAUCCAUGUGGAAACGGCUGCUAGAAAAGCACAAGCUACUAGAUCCGGAGCACCCCGAGACUUUGACGAUAAUGAAAAACCUAGCAACUACAUAUCGCGAACUAGAUCGAAACGAGGAAGCGGAAGUGCUUCAGGAAGAAGUCUACAAAAUCUGCAAACGUGUCCUGGGCCCAAGACAUCCGGACACUCUGACAAGCAUGAAUAACCUGGCAUGCAUAUGCCACAACUUGAAAGGACGGAGCGAAGCAGCACCUCUCCUCAACCAGAUCAUUAAUAUUCGCAGGCGGGUAUUAGGUCCCAUGCACAGUGAGACUCUAGCAAGCAUGAGAAACUUGGGAGUUAUACACGUCGAUAGACCACGGUGGAAGCAAGCAGAGGCCCUUCAAAUGCAGGUACUACAAGCAACAAAGAAAGUACUCGGGCCAGAACACCCAGACACUCUUCUCAGUCAGAACUUGCUUGCAGCUACAUACCGAGACCAACAAAAAUGGAACGAAGCAGGUGCGAUCCAGAUACAGGUCUUACAGACUUCGAUGCGAGCACGAGGUCCCCAACAUAUCGGUACUAUAUCCACCAAGAACAGCUUAGCAUCGACAUUUUUGAAGGAGGCAGAAGCCCUUCAGGUACAGGCGCUAGAGUCUAGCAAAAGAGUUCGAGGACCGAAGCAUAUCAAGACAACAAGCCGUAUGGCAAAUCUUGCAGACAUCUGGAAGCUUUGGGUAAGCAUGAUGACGCUGUUCAGUUGCUGA